GUACAUUUUGUCUCUUCGGUGGCCUUGAUUUGCAUUCUAGUUUUCACGCGUGCCGUUUCCGCCCUUGGGAAACUUGGCGACGACCUAUACUUUGAGUGUGGGGCUGGGGAGUUGAGUCUGCGGUGUGUAAACUCUUCGCGCUCAGCCUACGCUGCCGCAUUUUUUUCCACGAACUUUUUUGAGAAGGCCUCCGGCCUAGAAGACCGUGAUGAUACACCGAGGUUUAAGCUCACCGCUAAGAGUAUUCAAACCUUCGGGCUUGUAAAAACGUACAACCUGCCUACAAUCGACUGCGAAAGCCUGGAGGCUGUUUAUAAUAUCAAUGACGCCUUUAAUCAUCUGGCAGCCUCUUCAAAGUCUGUUCUUUUCACUCUCUCGAUUAUCAUGACUUUUAGGGUGUUUGCGGAGAUUAUUAACAAUUUUCGUCCAACUCAAACUGAGGUGACACUCGUUAUACAGGACGGCGAAUGCAUUUUCCGAAAUUUUGUCGAUGACACAGACUUUUCCGCAAUCGUCACCCACGUGCCAGUAUCCUCCAAUGAAUUCGAGACGUAUGACUUCCACGAAGAGGCCGAAAUAACUUUUUGUCAGAAGGACUUGCGGGCUGCUAUCUCCUUCGGCGAGACCGUGGGAUCUCCGCUGGUGGUUCACUGCGGCCAACCGGGCAAACCCCUGAUCUUGACCUUCACCGACGACAAUCGCUUCAGCGCACACUUUGUCCUCGCCACCCUUCCGUUGACCGCUGGCUCUCGAAAGAAGCUCGAAACCAGUGCAUUCUCAACAAAUGCCACCACCAUUAUCAGUUCGGAGGAGAGUACACGUCGACCAACACAUCCCACUGCUGGUCCGACGGCUGCCUCAUUACCGACCAGCCAAUCAAACAACGAACGGGUGCUGGGUUACACUCAGACUGCCGAUACACAAAUACUUCCUGCUUCGCCCCAUCAGACACCUGGGACAGACUCCCACUCUACGUUGCAGGGCGCAAAACCCCUCAACGCACAGUCCGACGAAAAUUACGUUUCGGCCCCCAAAAAGGCACGUUCGGUAUUAUUCUCACGUCUGGAUAAUACCUUAUUUGAGAAUGCACCGCCGGCAGCUGCACCUGAAUUGUUGACUGCUUUCGACAGCGCAGAUGAGGCCGAGGCUGAGGACGUUCCUAUGGUUGGGAAAGAAGACUUCGAAAUUAAGCGUCAGCCUCUAGCUAAUAUGGUCACCCCUAAUCGUGCUGCCCUGUCUGGCUGGGGCGUCAAUAAUUGCGGCGAUAGAACUGUACCCGGUCGGAAACCACCUAGUAAUGUCACUCUUUUGGUUGCUGACUCUGAUGAGGAGGAGGGCUGA